AUGAUCGUAUUCCAUUUCUCUGCUUUAACUUUCCUCUCUCUUCUUGGAGCUGCCUCUGGCUCUUUAGCUGGGGAUAAAUUUAAAUCUUCACCAACAGCUACGAUCGAUUCAGGCGUUAUAGUUGGUGUUGCUACGUCCUUGCCAGAAGGCAGAUUGCCCAUCAACAAAUUCCUAGGCGUGCCCUUCGCAGCAUCUCCGGUACGCUUCCAGCCUCCUGUCACACCCACCCCGUGGACUAGAGCUCUGGAUGUGUCAGAAUACGGCCCGGCCUGCAUCCAGCAGCUUGCUGUCCAAGAUGGUAUUUCGCGAGCGCAACUAGUUGCGUGGGCCAAUACUCCUCCACCACCGGCCGGUGAAAGCGAAGAUUGUCUCAGUGUCAAUGUAUACGCGCCGGCCUCGCCUGGAGCAAAGCCUGUUAUGGUCUGGAUCUAUGGCGGUGGUUUUACACUUGGCUUUAACAGCGACCCACGUUGGGAUGGGUCGCUAAUGGCUGCAGACCAAAACAUUAUUGUAGUGUCAGUCAACUAUAGGACAAAUGUGUUCGGAUUUCCCAGGUCGCCCCAAUUGCCUCUUGACCAUCAGAAUUUAGGAUUCCUUGACCAACGAUUCGCACUUGAUUGGGUCCAACGUAAUAUACAUGCAUUUGGUGGAGAUCCAAAGCGGGUAACAAUAUUCGGAGAAUCAGCUGGAGCUGCAAGCGUGGACGCACUGGUAACUUCAUAUCAUGAAAACCCACCAUUUUAUGCUGCCAUCAUGGAAUCGGGUCAAUCAACUUUUUAUCCCAACACCGCCAAUAUAACAGCCCCUUGGGAUAAUAUGGUUGCAAAGCUCAACUGCUCAUCUGCGUCUGACGCUCUUGCUUGCAUGAGGAAAAUACCUGCGAGCAAAAUUAAAUCAACCAUUGAGGAGACUGGAAAUUUUGCAUUUGGUCCUAUCAGAGACAACUUCACUUUUAUAUCACAUGCUAGUGUCGCUAGACAACAAGGAAAGAUCGCCAAGGUACCGAUCCUCAUCGGCACCAAUUCCCAAGAAGGUCGUCUUUUCGUGACUGGAUACAAUUCAACACAGCAGUAUUUACAGACAGUCCUGCCGCGUUUGGGACAAUCAUUUUACGACAAAGUGUUGGCUGAUUAUCCCAUUGGCUCUCCUGGUAUUGCAAACGAAUUUGAGCAAGCAGCGGCAAUUGAUACUGAUUUCCGUUUCUUAUGCCCGGCGUCCCAGGUUGCCAACUAUUCAUCCCUUGGAGGAUUUCCUACUUGGCGGUAUCUAUAUAACGCUUCCUUUCCAAAUACUCAGUUAUUUCCAGAUGCUGGAGUAUACCACUCCAGUGAGAUAUCGGAGAUUUAUGGUACCUAUCCAAGGGGUGGCGUUACAACUAAACAGGAAACAUUGAGCCGAUACAUGCAAAAGGCUUGGGCGGACUUUGCAAAGAAUCCGACAAGUGGCCCGGGUUGGAACGCGGUACCAAAUGUCGCUCUGUUGGGAAACUCGGACAAGGAGAUGAAGCAAGAUAUAGCAGGCACUAAACUCGACAAGGUAUGCGACUUGUAUAAGCCACUAUAUAGUGUAUUUCUUUAA